AAGCAAAAUGCCAAUCACUCAAAACCCAUUUCUUCCGAACUCUUAAACCCUAAAAGGCAUUUCAUUUCAUCUACCAGUCGACCACUAAUUACUUACCUUACCCUCCGGUGACGACGCCCCCUUGCAAUGACGCCGUCUCGUCUCUAUCUCCAUUUCCUCCGCCGUUUCUCCACCGCCGUCACAGAUCCCACAACCACCACCACCACCGCCGCAGCAAUCACCGUCUCCAAAGCAAAGUCCAAACUCCGCAAAGUCCACGACCCCGACAAAGCCCUCGCGAUCUACAACUCCGUCGUCUCCAACAACACCGCCUCCUCCUCCUCCUCAUCCCCACUCUCCUCUCGCUACGCCAUGGAGCUCACCGUCCGCCGCCUCGCCAAAUCCCACCGCUUCUCCGACGUCGAGGCCUUGAUCGAGUCUCGCAAGAGAGACCCACUUAUCAAAACAGAGGCUUUCCUCUCCACGCUCAUCAGAUCCUACGGACGCGCCUCCAUGUUCGACCACGCCUUGAAGACCUUCGAGGAGAUGGAGCAGCUCGGAACUCCCAGAUCCGUCGUCUCCUUCAACGCGCUGCUCGCCGCCUGUCUCCAUUCCGACAAUUUCGAAAGAGUCCCCCACCUGUUCGACGAAAUUCCUCAGAGGUAUCCUAACGUCAUCACUCCUGAUGAAGUCUCUUACGGGAUGUUGAUUAAGUCGUACUGCGACUCUGGCUCGGUGGAUAAGGCUGUGGAGACUAUGAGGGCCAUGGAGGAGAAAGGUGUUGAGGUUAACAUCAUUGCUUUGACGACAAUCUUAGGAUCUUUGUAUAAGAGCGGGCGAACCGAUGCGGCGGAGAGCUUGUGGAGCGAGAUGGUGAGUAAAGGCUGUGAGUUGGAUAACACUGUUUAUAACGUCAGGCUAAUGAACGCUGCGAAGGAGAAGGGGCCUGAGAGAGUGAAGGAGCUGAUGGAGGAGAUGAGGAGUGUUGGGUUGAAGCCUGAUACGGUUAGCUAUAACUAUCUGAUGACCGCGUACUGCGUGAAAGGGAUGAUGGGUGAGGCCAAGAAGGUGUACGAAGGGCUUGGUGAGAAAGAGGGGUGUUGUUGCGCCGCGAAUGCAGCGACGUUUAGGACGUUGAUAUUUCAUCUGUGUAUAAACGGGUUGUAUGAGGAGGGUUUGGUUGUGUUCAAGAAGAGCGCGGUGGUGCACAAGGUUCCGGAUUUCAAGACGUGUAAGCAUUUGACUGAAGGGUUGGUGAGGAAUAAUAGGAUGGAGGACGCGAGGGGAGUGGCUAGGGUGGUGAAGAAGAAGUAUCCUCCGCGUUUGGUGGCUGAGUGGAAGAAACUAGAAGAGAGUCUUGGAUUGUAUACAAAGAAGGCUGGUUCUUCCCGAACAAGACAGGUGUUGGAUGAUCAAGAAAGUGAUGCUGCUGCAUAAAGCUAAAGAAGGUCUGUGUUUUGUUUGUGCUGUCUUUGCUAGGACUUGUUGGAACACUGUGAUCCAUGAUGCAUUUAUUUUCUCAUAAGUUAGCUGUGCUACAAAAAUUAUAGUGGUUUGAAUUUAUAUAAAGAUGAGAACAAUUAUAGCUUUGAUUGAGAUAGAAAUAGCAAAGAUUGUGUAUCUGCAUUUCCAUAAAGUCCAUGUAAUGUAGAUGUUCUUCAAAUUCC